AUGGACGCAAGAACUUUGUCCAUUUUCUUUUUACUUCUAACGCCGGUUGUUAUUGAAUCAUGGCAAACACUGGACUCCAGAUCAAGUCGAGAACUAAAAAGAUCUAUACACUACCAUUCAAAACGACAUAUGUUGCCCAGGGACACUGAAAGAAAGAGACGCAUAACUACGCCAAUACCUAAGGAACUUAGGAAGAAGCCAACAGGAUAUUUAAAACCACUCCGAGAGGAUGAUAUAGAAAAUGAUGAAGUCGUAUCUGUAGCAAUAGGACCGCCAGCAAUGCGACCAAAAUAUGAUAAAUUUCUUAGACAACCACCCAACACCUUAAAUCAAACCACUAACGUUAAAGUCACAGCAGCUUCAAACCUUAUCAAAGACGUUUUAAUACAAAUGGGAAGAGAAUUUUUGACACGUCAAGUGAAUGAAAAUUUUGUGUUUGGACAAUACGUAGGCAACUCUAUGAGAAAUCUGACAAGUAAUUUGAGAUUAAAAAUGCAGCAUGAAAUUUUAGAUUUGAUAUUAAAAUACCAAAGAAUAAAUCGUGGUGACGAAAAUUUAGUUCUGACAACAAAACCGACUGAUGAUAAAAUUUCGAUUCCUAUAUUAAAGGAAAAUAAAACUGAAAAGAAAAAUACAAAUGACACUGAAGAUACGUGGCCUGAUUUUACUAACUUAGCUAAAAUAGUUGGCUAA